UUUUCCAGGUCUUCAGCUCUCUCGAAAAGCAACUAACAUAGAAAUCUUACUUUCAAUAUGGUGAAAAAUCAAAAAGUUUGGCAACGAAGUUGAAAUGUUGUGACAUUAGAGCUUCCUUAACCUCAGAAAGUGAACUGUUACAGAGUCAACAAUAGUUAUGAGGCGAUAAGAAAGUUUCAAGUGGUUUUUUUUACAUAUUAGCGACGUGUAAAAUUAGGAUUAAUAAAAAAUGUUUCGAGCAAAUAUAGGAUAUACUUUCUUAACAUCGACGCUUAUCCUGUUGGUGCUUUGUCUAAUCCAAGGGGCUCAAAGUGCCGGCCAAAUAAUAUAUGCUGUAAAUGCAGGCGGCGAGGCUCACACGGACUCCAAUGGAAUACGAUAUGAAAGAGAUCCUUUAGCAGGGAAAGUUGGCAUUGCCUCAGACUAUGGAAAGUUCCUAGUUAUUGGCCGAGUCCCAGCAAAUGAUCAUAUAUUAUAUCAGACCGAACGCUAUCAUACAAGCACUUUUGGGUACGACCUGAGCUUGCCAGGGGAUGGUAGCUAUGUGCUGGUACUUAAAUUUUGCGAAGUCUACUUCGAGGCUCCAAACCAAAAAGUGUUUGAUGUGGUACUCAAUGAAGAGCACACUGUGGUAGCUGACUUGGACAUCUUUGGGAAAGUCGAUAAAGGAGUUGCUCAUGAUGAAUAUGUUGAAUUUGAAGUUCUUCAAGGAAAAUUGUACGUGAAUGGAGAAGAAUCCGAAGUACAAAACAACAUAAUUAAAGUAGAAUUUAUCAAAGGCUACAAAGAUAACCCCAAGAUCAAUGCCUUUUAUUUAAUGAAAGGAGCAAUAAGCGAUGUUCCGCAACUACCCCCAAUAGUCCCUCCAGAAGAGCGCAAUCCUGAUCUUCCAAAGCUUGAUUUGAAUGAAUUGGAGGAAGAGUCGAAACCCCAGAAAAGACCGCGCAACAUUCCCACAAUGCCUGAGUCGUAUGAACCAGAAGAAGAAUCUUCUAUCAUGUUGCCGGUUUUUAUUGUGAUCGGUGCAUUCAUUCCCAUAUUGUUCUUUUUGUGCAAAUUGUGAUGUAAUGAAAAACCGUUACUUAAUUAUGCAACUUCAGGUGAUAAAAACAGGCAAAACAUGUGUACUUAAUGAAGCAUUAGAGAAUUUUUUCUGGGUGUUCAUUUCCGUGGGUUUUAGGAGAUUUUAGGAGGUUUUAGGAGGUUAGUGAAUUGAUUCUUAUGUAUACUUUAAGAAAACUGCUGUUUUAAACGAGUACUUUCAGUGAAAAGUUUUUUUGAAAACGGAAAAAAUUUCGUAGAAUUUCCGAUUAAACUGCGAAUUAGACUAUUUUUUGCUCUAAAUUGUUGUUUUUGUACAUAAUUGAAAUAUUUUGUUUAUGAAUAAAUUAAUGUGUUGUAAUGAUAAAUGACCUUUGAGUAUACAGGGUGUGCCUUAGGACAAGAAUUCUGACCCUUACGGGACUUUCACAUCAAAAUUAAACCACAGGUCUUGUAUUAAUCCGGUUAUAAUGUUGAUAUGUGGAAAAUUGCCCGAUUAAAUCCACACUUUUACUGUUUGGGGUAAUGGCAGGCGCAAUUCGGGUAGAUAUUUCACGCAAUAUCUAAUUUCUCGUUGAUUUGGACGAAUUCUUAUGUCUAGUGCGUAGAGCAAACAUUUUCUUGGCACCCUUUUGACUGAUCUUUAACAGGAAUUAUUAGAGAUGAUUAAAAAGAUGCUUAAAAAAGAGUAAAUACUUUGUUAAAGCAAGUCUAUUUUCUUAUUCAACAAGGCAUUUGUAAAAGAACCUCAGGAACACCCUGUGUAAUACUUGUGUACUUUUUACCAAUUUGGAGUGUUAUUUAUAAAUGUUGAUCACUUGGUGAAAGAUUAGUGAAUGUUCGUUUGAUCUAUGGUUGGCACUAUAUUGUAGCUAAGCUGCUUAGUUAAGUUAUUCAAGUUCUGUGUUCUUGAAAUAAACCGAAAUAACAGCA